AUGGUCUCCUUCUUUGGCCUCAGAUUUGGAGGCGACAAGAAAAAGGGCCUAGCCAAGUCUGGCGACAAAAAAGGCCAAGACAAUUGGAAAGGGAUUGAUCAAAGCGGGCUACCUCGAGGCCAGUUCUACGGCGCUCCGCAGCACAAUGAACACCUUGCCCGUCCCGGCACCUCAUACUCGACAAAGGGCCCUACCAACUGGCGCCAGACAUUCAAAGGCUUCGGUGCCAACUCCUCCAUGGUCGACCUAUCCACUCCCAUGCGCAAAGAAAGUGUCAGCAGCCUACGUCAUCAGCCCUCUGAAGCCAAUUUCCGGAAUCCAUGGAAGAACAGCAGCACUGCGAAUCUCCCUAUGCUCUCCGCUCUUGGCGGAAGUGGUCUUCGAGUCGGAACCCCGGAGCGACCUUCCACAGCUGGCGGCCGCGCAAAGGAGUGGGUGAACCCUCUCGAUGUUCACUUUUGCAAAGACCCAACUGGAGGUCCUCCCUCCCGGUCCAGCAAUGCCGAUGGACCGGCCAAGAGCCCUCUCGCCCUGCAUUUUGGUGUCGACGACGAUGACGAUGUGGCGAAGUCUUCCACCCCCGCGAAAGACAAGACGUCGCUAUCCAAGAACGACACAACCCUCAAUAACGGAUACCCGUCGCCGCCUCAAUCUGUCAACAAUGCCGACCAAACACUCUCACCUUCAUUGUCGGAUUUGUCCGUGGCCGGCAAGCAAAAUGUUGAUCCUUCGUCUCUGCCAUCCCCCGCUGCAUCUGCUCCACGCUCGAGUGAAGAUCGCUGGGAAGCGCCUGUAAUUCGAAAUGUACUAGCGAAGCGAGACACGACUACGUUCCAUUCACCUCGUCGGUGCAGCUUCACUAUGGACUUGGAACAGCAGGAGCUGGAGAGGCUGCGAAAGCAGAGACAGACGGAAGGAUUUGCCGGUAGCUUUGCUGACUUUGACUUUGGCGAAAUCAUCACAACGCAGGCCUCGAUUGAACAGUUCCCGGAGCCGCCGUCAUCAGGCCUAAACGCCACUCCCAAAGCUGAACCCUUUCCCACAUUCACGGAAAAUCAAUCGCCCACAGGCAAACCGGACAGUUCUCUGACCAACGCAGCGAAUACUGCACCGAAGAGACCCGAGCGCAGCCCGAGAAACUCCCAAAUGGACCCAACGUCAAUGAGAAGCAUGAACAACUCGCCAGAACUCGCUUCUACCAAUUUCCAGCUUCCGGUUCCUGCGCCAGUGGAAGCUCCCAGGACAGCCGGCGCCCGACCUGCGACAAGUUAUGGCCGGAUUGGAGGACCCCCCGCGGCUGCUGCCGGCGCGCAUCCUGGUAAUGACCCUGUGACCACAUUCGAGCCGCCGCCUCGGUUGGGGUUCCGUGCUAGACUUGGCUCGGAUGCUAGUAGGCGCCGCAAGGCCCAGCCUCCCAAGCCUUUGAAGACAAGUGCUUCACAGCCUGCACUGCUGCAGAAAAGUGUUUCGCCCUCGGUACAACGCGACGAGCCAAGCCCCAAGUCUCCCUUCCUGCCACCAUCUCUCAGCACCAAUCAUUUGUCUAGCAGUGAAGACACAGAACGAAGCCUUGAUAUCAAGUCGCCGAAGAGUCCGUACACAAAACCUACGCUGGAAGGCGACUUUCCAGUCUCGAAAGGUCUUCCUAGAGGACGCCAACCGCCGCGGAGACCCCCGCGAUCGGACGAAGCGCCCUCGCCUGAGCGGCCAGGCUUUUCGUUGCCCGACUGGGGAUUGGUUAACCCGGCCGAGCCCAGACAUUCGGCAAUGCCGCCUCCCCUUAUGACCAUCGGCCAACGACGACCUUCGACCUCUUCUGCCAUCGGCAUGGGUCUUCCAAGUCCCUCUUUUGCAUCGCUGGAGCUUGACAUUUCAAGCUCAGGCGAGAGUCUCACCCAAGCUUUUGAAGAAGCACUCGGAAAGACUCAACUGUCUCCAGGACUGGUCGGUGACUUCUUUACCGUUGACACUAGCAGUGCCAGCCCUACAAAUCCCACCACAAGGGUUGAGGCUAGAAAGGCACCGCCGCGGCCAGCCCCUGUCACUCUUCCGCCAUCCCCCAAGAAAAGCACAGAGCCGCGCUCACCUGCACCAACGCAGAGCGAAUUCGGCAACACUUUUAUCUAG